CAUCCCGCAUACGUAACCGUCCAACGCGACUCCCAUGGCCUGAGCAGCAGCGAAUGACGGGUCACCCGAUGGACAAUAAGGUCAAGAGUGGAUGGUCAGGGGAAGGUGACCCUUGACCGGCCUAGCCACCCGUGCCCGCCACCUGUCGGCCGUUCCCUGGGCCCGGCACCUCGUCAGGAGAAAGUUAGGUAUAUAAGAGUUGGUAGGCCGGUGCCACACACUGUCUCCUUUCCCGUCCCUCGAGCCCUCAGGACGCCAUGGUCCCUCAGCUGCUUGGAAGUCUCGUCUGCCUGAGCCUGGCGGCAGCCACGCCAUAUGCCCAGGCACCGCUGCCAGGCCAAGAGGGCUACCGCGUGCAGGCGCCCGCGCGAAUACCUUCGGAGGUCUUCAGCGCCCCCACAGUGCCCCCGCCGCCGCCCCCGACGCCCAGCCAGCUGUACGCCACGCCCCGCCAGCAGGAGCAAGAGCCCGCCGCUGCCCAACAGCCCACUGUGGUUGAAGAUGCGCCUCGCGCCGCCGGGCCUCCUGCCCCGCCUCCCAUGGAAGGCAUGCCCUACGAGUUCGAGUGGGACGUGAACGACGUGGAGAACGGCCUGGUCUACAGCCACCAGGAGAGCUCUGACGGCGUCGUGGCCCAGGGCGAGUACCGGGUCCUCCUUCCCGACGGGCGCCUCCAGAUCGUCACCUUCGCCGACCGCGGCCAGGGCUACGAGGCCCAGGUCGUCUACCAGGACUACAGUGGUUAGGGCUUCUUGCUCCUGUGAAAUGUUAAAGGAAGCAGACAGACAGCGGGAGAGAGAGAAAAAAUGGGAGAGAGAGAGAGAGAGAGAUGAAGAAAGAAAGAGUGGUAUUCCGAAUCAGAGGGAGAGAGAGAGAGAGAGAGAUGAAGAAAGAAAGAGUGGUAUUCCGAAUCAGCGAGAGAAAGAGAGAGAGAGAGCGAAAGAGAAAUGUAGAAAGGAAGAAUGGUAUUCCGAUUCCAUUUCGAUUUGCGCGGAUCGAUUAUUAGAAUCAGAAUGCAUUACUGUCUGCAUCAAUGGAAUCCUGUCGUGAGAUCCUCUAAUACCGUCAGCAGUGGACUCUGGCUGACAGUGCAUAACAUUAAGAAUUCUUUGCCUCUUUCGUACUGUUGCAUUGUACAGGGUUUACGGACUGCACUGUCCAUCGGGUAUGGGCAUGUGCUUCGUUUGUUGUUGCUGUUAUAAAGUCUAUUUUCUCCAAAUGUAUAAAUGCAGUUUUAAUGUUAUCUUUUUUUCUUCGAUUGUUGAAAAAUAUUAAGUAUAUCUUGUAAUAACAGAGAA